CUUGCGUGUUCGUACCUAGCGGAGUGAGAGAAUACCCGCGGCAGACGAACGUGCCUUAAACUAUUCUUUUGCACCCUUUCAAAAUGGCAGCUCCGAGUUUCGCCACUGAUUCAAAAGAGAUUCCGGAUGAAGUGAAGGAAGGUGAACUGACUACAGUGGAUACUAAAAAGCGAGGAGAAUGGACCAAGAAGAUUGAUUUUUUCCUGGCUCUCUGCGGGGCUUCGAUUGGACUUGGAAAUGUGUGGAGGUUCCCUUAUCUUUGUUAUAAGCAUGGAGGAGGAGCUUUCUUGGUGCCUUACUUCCUGAGUCUGUUAAUAGGGGGUAUUCCCCUCCUUAUCAUCGAGAUUGGAUUAGGUCAAUUCACAGGACAAGGACCAGUUACAGCAUGGGGUAUGAUAUCACCCCUUUUCAAAGGAAUCGGAGUCGCUGGCCUGGUCAUCCAGGCCCUCCUAGACAUGUACUACGCGGUCGUCAUGGCGUGGGGCAUCUACUAUCUCUUCUGGUCGUUCAGAGCCGUUCUUCCCUACUCGACGUGCGACAACCACUGGAACACUCCCUGCUGCUUUGCUACGAACACCGAGACGAACGCGACCACGACGUCGGGCGAUUACAGCACGACGUACGAGUUGACCACAGACACGAUGUUUAAUGCGAGUGACGAGUGUGGCAACGAGUCCGCCUCGGCUACUGUGGAGUUUUGGAAUCGUAAGGUUCUUCAGAUUCAUUUAUCAGAUGGGAUCCAGGAUAUAGGAGCAGUAAAUUGGCAACUUCUACUAUGUCUUUUCUUUGCUUGGAUCCUCAUUUACCUAUGCGUAUGUAAGGGGGUUAAAACAUCAGGAAAGGUCGUGUACGUGACGGUUCCUUUACCAUAUAUAUUACUUACCAUCCUCCUAAUAAGAGCUGUGACCUUACCCAAUGCGGUGGACGGAAUUGUUUUCUACCUCAAACCAAACAUCACAAAGCUUCAGGAAAGUCAGGUGUGGCUAGACGCAGGUACUCAAAUAUUUUAUUCAAACUCACUUGGUCACGGUGUUCUGGUUGCCCUUGGAAGCUUCAACGCGAGAAACCAUAAUUUUGUUAGAGACACGCUAGCAUACGCUGGAAUAGGCUGUGGAACCAGUUUGUUUUCUGGUUUCGUUAUAUUCGCUGUGCUUGGUUUCAUGGCUGGAGAACAGGGUAAAUCAGUCGCUGAGGUUGCAAGUUCAGGUCCUGGUCUUGGUUUCAUUGCGUACCCCGAGGCCAUCACCCAGAUGCCAAUCUCUACUCUCUGGGCUGUCCUUUUCUUCAUUACCCUACUUCUGGUUGGAAUUGAUAGUCAGUUUGUAUGCGUCGAGGGUUUCAUCACCACCGUCGUUGAUUUGUUUCCUAAGACCCUCCUACGAGGUCGACGUCGAGAGAUCUUUACCGCGGUCGUCUGCUUCGUUCUUUGUAUGUUAGGUAUCCCCAUGGUAACACAUGGUGGAAUGUACAUUUUUCAACUUUUUGAUUAUUAUGCUGCCAGUGGCUUCGUGCUUCUCUGGGUUGCCAUGUUUGAAUAUGGAGUCAUUGGAUGGGUUUAUGGUGGAAGACGUUUUAUGAGUGACAUAACUGAAAUGACUGGAGUACGUUGGAUAGGACCAUACUUGCUUUUUACCUGGAUGUUCGCCUCACCACUCUUUGCUGCUAUAAUAUCUAUCUUCAGCCUGGUUGCGUACGAGCCUUUGAAGUAUGAGGAUGUGUAUACCUAUCCGUGGUGGGGAUACAUGCUUGGUAUGAUCAUGAUAGUGUCAUCUCUUAUAAACGUACCCAUCUUCAUCUUCUAUCAAUUCAUCUUCAAGAGUCAAGGUUCUAUCAAAGAGCGCUGGACCGUAUUGACUACUUCCAGGGUGCCUGCAUAUACAUGUACGUCAUCAAUAGAUGAGAAAGACAUUAACCUUGGAAAACCGUAAAAGAUGAUGUGUAAAUUCUAUAUGAAAUUCGGCCCAUAAUCUAAAAAUAUUUCUUAAGGCCAUCGCAUACCUUACGAUUGGUCUGCGAUCAGAUUUUGGAAUAAAACGUCCUAGAAUUUGAUGAUAAAAUUGAGACUUUGAAUAUCUUACUGUAUAAUGUUCGAAAAAUCUAAAUCAUCGUACGAAUAUCUAUCUUUAAGUCUGUGACUAUGCAUGUAAUCAUAAGAAUAAAAGCGAAUUUAAUAUCUAGUCUUAAUGAUUUCAUAACAAUCGUACGAUCGGCUACGAUUGGACCUUUACUAAAAAUAAAGGCUUGUAAUCAUUCAAAUAUGUUGUUUUAGUAUUCUUACAGACCAUUUGAGCCUUUUCUAUACUUUUUAUUCACAUUUUCUGAAAAUAAGCAAAAUUCGAUUGUUCCAAAAUCGGAUCUUGGAUUAGUCGUAAAGUGCGCGGUGGCCUCUAAGUGUCAGGAGGAAUGAUGAAGCGAUCCCGAAAAUCUUCAUACUGACAAGUUCAUGCGAAAAAUGGCUGUUAUCUUCCCAAAAAAAACAACGCAUUCAUUAUGUCGCCCACAAAGGGAUAUAUAUAAUACACAGUGCAUGAAACUUACGCCCAAGAUCGUUCAGUGAGUCGAAAAGUUUCUUUUGGAAGAUCAGCGAAACACAAAUGCCUCUCUCCGUUUUGGGUUAUGUUGAUUGGUCAUGACUUGUGUUAGCACGUGACUUUAUUGUGACCAAUCGAACUUGGAAGAAUCAAAGUAGUAUGCGUAAAUCUUACGCCGACAAUAUCCUGGGAUUGCAUCAUAAUCAUCUGAUAGGAGCCCUUUUUGCGUAUUUUGUUUGUAUAUUCGUUAAAUUCGAAGAAGAAGAAAAAGAAGAAGAAUAAACAGAAGGAGAAGAAGAAGAAAAAAAAGGAGAAGAAGAAGAAGAACAGGAGGAGGAGGAAGAGGUAAAGAGGAAAAGAAGGAGGCAUAUAUAUAUAUAGUGAGGCAAUGCAGUGUUGGGUUUUGUAUGAUUUUAGAAACAGUGGUGGUGAGUGACUAACUUUGGCAUGACUUUUUUUUCUUAUUAUGCAUGUUAUGUCUGAUGUAAACCAUUGUCACAAAAAUAAGCUCGCUGGCUUUUCGCUCAUCAGAUAUUAGGCGUUACCUGAAGAAAAUAAACAACGGACAUGUCAAGAACUGUAUCAGCUAAUAUCAAUCUCUCGAAUCGGUAUGUCGAAUCGAACAUUGAUUGAGGUUCGAUGUAUUAAAUUCAACUUAUCUAGCUUAUCCAAUGCAAAGAGUUCUGGUCAUUAGCAUAAGAGUUACUGUGAUUAAAAAACAUGGCGCCUUGUUGUGAGUGCAGAAAAUAACAGUAUUGUGAUCUAUCCGGUUGAAUACUCCAAUUACGGACACAAAUUGACUUCACGCAUCGGUCGUGUUCAAAAGAAAUUGUUGCAAUGACAAAAGCUGUUGAAGUUUAAUUGCCACAUUCAAUCUAGUCAAGAUUGGACCUUGGUGUUUGGAAGUUCCCUUUCCCAAAGCUAACAUAGAGGGCACAUGUCUCCCAAUCUCUAAUCAUGCAGCGCCAAGUCAAUCCAUCAUAACCGACUACAGGUCGACAAAAGUUACGUUAUUGCCAAUCGCAUCAUGCAGUUGCGGGAUAAGGGCACAAUCCUGCGCCCCCCCCCCCCACUUGAGAGUCAGAGUCAAUAUUUCAAUGUAAAUGUGUCGUUCAUUCACAAGUGCGCCCCCCCCCCUCCAAGAGGGUUGCAGCAAAUAUUUUAAUGGAAACAUGCCGUUCAUACACAAGUGAGGACGUUUCUUAUUUUGCUCGUCAAAAUCCUGGAUCCUCCCCUGGCAUCAUGUACCAUCUUGCCGAAGCAUAACGAAGUUGUUGAAUUUAACUGCCCGAUAAAAAAAGUACAUGAAUAUAUUGAUAUCAUGUUUCAUGGAAAGGUUCGGACUCCAGACAUAAUUAAUGAUCGUCUGUGCCGGAAGGGCACGGUCUUUUCCCUUAGUAUAUUUUUAUUAGCAGUCUGAAAGUGAACACUCGUCUACAGGGGCGGAUCCAGCAUUUUUCGAAGGGUGGGCACAUUUUAAAAAGUGUUUAAACCAAAAAUUUAAGAUAUUUUGUCCACGAAAAAAUGACAAGCAAAAAAACCGGGUCUUCGCUUACAAAAGGGGGGCACACUCCUUUUUUAACGGCAUUUUUCCAUUACAGAAAUUAAUUGUGCCGCUCAAAGGGGGAGGCACGGGCUGGCUGUGCUCCCCCCCCCCCCCACCUUACCUGGAUCCGUCAAUGCUCGUUUAGAAAACAUACAUCUAUCUAGAUCUGAUGAGUUCGUUUAUACGUUGUCAUUGGCUCGUAUUCUGAAGUCGGGUCCAACUUAGUCCAUAAAGUCUGACAGAUCCACACUUAGACCGCGGGUCCAGUCUAACUCGGGCUUGUGUUUCUGAAAGUUCGUUCUAGUUCAACCCGUGGUCAAAAGUGAUAUUUUGGCCCGAGUUAGACCAGACUUAUAGACCGAGGUCUAAUUCAAACCCGACUUUAGAAAACGGGACAUUGUGUUUGAAGAGGUCAAUAAAUAGGUGUCGAAAUCCCUAAGAAUAAUGUUUCUGGCUAUUCUUUGGCAUGGGC